AUGUCCAAAGCAACCACAAUUAAGGAGGCACUGAAGCGCUGGGAGGAGCGGGAGCAGCAAAAUUCCCUCACUGCCAAGAACAUUGACCUGCAGUUCCAGUGGCCGCCCAUCGAGAAAAUGGACAGCACAUUGGGCACGCUGGUGCAGUGCGAGAGAAUCAGCAUGUCCACUAAUAUGAUUGAAAAGAUAUUCGGUUUAUCGGGCAUGAAGUGCCUCAAGGUUUUGUCCUUGUCGCGGAACUACAUCAAGCAGAUUUCCGGAUUGGAGGCUGUAGCUGAGACGCUGGAGGAGCUGUGGCUCAGCUAUAACCUUAUAGAGAAAAUCAAAGGUUUGACAGGACUGAAAUGUUUGAAAGUCCUCUACAUCAGCAACAACUUGAUCAAGGACUGGUCGGAGUUCAAUCGCCUGGCUGAGAUCGAGUCCCUCGAAGAUCUAGUGGUGGUGGGGAAUCCCCUAUCCGAAGGCCUAGACGAACCUUCUUGGAGGGCCGAGUGCAUCAAGAGGUUGCCCACCAUCCGUAAACUUGACGGCGAACCAGUAGUGCUGAAUGAGGAGCCACAGCUUUAA